AUCUAGUUACCAAGCAUUUUACGUUGCACAUAGUUGGGGAUUCAUCAGUCAUUCAGCAUACACAGCAUUUACUGAGCACCUGAUGUUUUCGGGUGAUGAGGAUACAACGGUGAAGAAACAAAGCCCCUCACAAAGCUUGCAUUCUGGUAUCUCCAGGAUGGUUGCAUUCUCUGGCUGCAACCCGAGGAAUCAGUGAUAUAAAGUAUGGUUAUCAAAUGCCCAGACUCUGGAGCCAGAUGGCCUGCGUUUGAGUGUGCUCUGCCAUUUACUAACUGUGUGAACCUGGGCAAGUUUCUUAACCAUUCUGGGCCCCAGACUCUUCAUCAAUAAAACUGGAAUAUAAGAAGAAAAAAUUAUGACAUCAACAUCCAAAGGAAUUCUCCGCCCAUUUUUAAUCGUCUGCUUAGUCCUGGGCCUCUUUAUAUCAUGCCUUCUCGUUUACAUCAAGCCCACCAACAGCUGGAUCUUCAGCUCGAUGGAGUCCACCAGCUCUGUGCUGAAAAUGAAAAAUUUCUUCACCACCAAAACUGAUGAUUUUAAUGAAACGACUAUUCUGAUCUGGGUGUGGCCGUUCGGGCAGACCUUCGACCUCACCUCCUGCCAGGCGAUGUUCAACAUCCAGGGGUGCCACCUCACCACAGACCGUUCUCUGUACAACAAGUCCCACGCGGUUCUGAUCCAUCACCGAGACAUCAGCUGGGACCUGACGAAUUUACCUCAGCAGGCCAGGCCGCCCUUCCAGAAGUGGAUCUGGAUGAAUCUGGAAUCACCCACUCACACGCCCCAGAAGAACGGCAUCGAGCACCUGUUCAAUCUCACUCUGACUUACCGCCGCGACUCGGACAUCCAAGUGCCUUACGGCCUGUUGACGGUGAGCACAAGCCCCUUCGUGUUCGAAGUGCCAAGCAAAGAGAAGUUGGUGUGCUGGGUUGUCAGUAACUGGAACCCCGAGCACGCCAGGGUCAAGUAUUUCAAUGAGCUGAGCAAAAGCAUUGAGAUCCACACCUACGGGCAAGCGUUCGGGGAGUAUCUGAACAGUAAAAACUUGAUCCCCACCAUAUCUACUUGUAAAUUUUAUCUCUCCUUCGAAAACUCGAUCCACAAAGAUUACAUCACGGAAAAGCUCUACAAUGCUCUUCUGGCUGGCUCAGUGCCUAUUGUCCUGGGCCCAUCUAGGGAGAACUAUGAAAAUUAUAUUCCAGCAGAUUCGUUCAUUCAUGUGGAAGAUUUUAACUCUCCAAGCGAGCUAGCAAAGCAUCUGAAGGAGGUCGACAAAAACAAUAAGUUGUACCUUAGUUACUUUAACUGGAAGAAAGAUUUCACGGUAAAUCUUCCGCGGUUUUGGGAAUCGCACGCGUGCUUGGCUUGUGAUCACGUGAAAAGGCAUCAAGAAUAUAAGUCCGUUGGUAAUUUAGAGAAAUGGUUUUGGCAUUAGAGUUUUCCAACAUUAGCACACCUGGCAAAUUCUUUCGAUGAAAUAUCAUAGACGUUUAGAGAAUGAAAAGGGGGAUGAGACAUUCUGCUUUUCUGUCACACAAUUUAUUUUGAUCACUCUCGGGUAACGUAUAUUUUGAUGAAGAUUUUUAAGAGUUCGGCAUUAGCAAUCACUCCAUUUGGAUUUAAAUUAUCCUAUACAUUCCUAAUUAUGUGCAUUGAAAAAAAUAAUUUAUUCUUCACUAUCAUUUAUAAACAUUGUUUUUUCACACUUUUUGUAGUUGUCAGUAAUGUAAGUUUGUGGUACAAUUACCGUUUAUAUAUUGAUCAUCUGUUUAAUCUAUUUGAAAUUAAAAUGAAAUGAACAUCUUAAAACAUGAAAUCUUUUUCACUAAAUAUUAUAACCUCUAGUUCCAAGUUUGCAUAAUAUAACAAAUGAAAAGUAUUUGUAAUUGAAUUCUAACCUCUCUGACUUCUGAGUUGAACAAAGUGUGUAACUGUUGCUAUUUGAUCUAUUUUUACCUGUUUACCAUGUUUUCGAAGACAGAAAUAUUCAUGUAGUGAAGAAGAAACAUAGUGAAGCAAAACUGUUCUAUUCAGAAAACUAUUAGAUUUCCCAUAUACUUUCAUGAAGCAGAUUUGCAAAUGCAGCUACUAUUCUCAUGAUCUUAAGUUAAAUUAUUGAAGUAUUUUUAAAUAUGUAUUUUGGGGGAUUUUUAGUGUUAUUAGAAUUAUUUCCUAGAAAAUAACUUAAAAAAUCUAAGACAGUUCUUUUUUUAUCCUUAUAACACAUUAUUAUAAUAAAAAUAAUUUAUUCAAAUAACAAAAGGAUAGGUAUAGAUCGCAUCACAUUUCUAAUUGGCACAUAGAUGUACAAUUUUAAUAACAUACCAAUUAAAAUAUUUUUUCUAGCCCCACUAUUUAAAAGUUUAUUUUAGCAUAUAGACAAAUAAAUAAGCAUAACAUUUGACAAACUUUUGUCCUAUCAUUUAAAAGAACCUAAAUAGAAUGAACAUCAAGGAGUUAAAUUUAACAUGUGAAACAUAACAAAGUGAGGUUUUAUAAAAUCUCAAUGCAUAUUUAUUGAAUGAAUAAAUAAAUGCCAUUGACCAUCAAGGGAAUAUUUUACUACUAUCAAUGAAAUGACAGUUGUAGCCUAGAGGUACUCACUGGUGAUGAUGUUGUACAUUUCUCUUUAGUAAUUGUUUAUACUUUAGCACAUGGUAAGGCCCUCAGGGCUUUACCAAACCAAAAUGAGUUUGUCAUUACACUAAGUUUUUGGAGAAUUCACUCGUGAACUUAGUUGCUGUACAGCAUUUCUCCACCCUUAGGUUAAGGGCUAGCUAGAAAUAAGCAUAGAACAGCAGGUGAGAAAAGUUGGAUUGCUAAGGAUUCUUCAAGAAAAGUAGUCCCCAAAAGAACUUUAUUCCAUCCUUGGCAAAAACUCAAAAGACUUAGAAUGUCCUGAUAGGAUCUGUUUGAUUCUACGUGUGACUAAUUCUAAUAGUCCUAUUACAUGUGGCACCAGUACUGUACAACUCAAACCCACAACCUUCUACAUCAAAUUAAAGAGAAAGGGGCAAAUGUCAAUUCAGUAAAACGGAGGCGCCAACUGUUUCUAAUAGGACUACCACAGGAGGGAACGAGCUCUCUAGAGCACUAGAAGAAUUUGAGCAGAGGAAGAGUCCUGUGUUGAUGGAGGAUUGUUUGGUCCUCAGAAUAAUUUAUUUACCCCUGAUUGAAUAGGCAUGCUGGGUCAGGCAAUGCCACAAGCAGGGAGAAAGAUGAACAAGGAACUAUCACUGUCUUGAAGUAGCUUAUAAUUAAGUGGAGAGAUACAGAAAGCCUUCUUUGGAUUCUCAAUGGAGUUUACAUGGAUCACUGCUGAUUUAAUGAAAAUAGGGAAGCAAAUUUCCCUGAUUGUUUCCGAGCUGCAAAUUUGUUUACUCAUGUGACUCAAUGGAGAUUUCCUCCGCAGAAUUUCUUCUAACCACACUGGCUCAAGAAAUGGUGUGUCUGUAUGGCCGCCCUCCUAGAUAAGGAAAGAUUUCCACCCAUAUUUAUUUUAUUUUGUUAAAACAGUCAUGUUCAUUCAUUUACAUUUACUUUGUUAUCUUUUUGUCCUAUGAAAAGUAUAGGCACAGAAAGAGGAUUUAUUACAAGCAAGUUUAGAAAGUACCUACUUUCUUCAAAAGCUGAACAAUCAUGACAAGCCACAUUUGCUGUGGCAGAUGCCCAGAUUUUAAUAAACUGAGAAACCUGCAUACAUUUCCUAUAUUGUCAACUAUGAAUUUGGAUUCAUUCUUAGACUGUGACUAUAAUCACAUGCUGAUAAUAUAACUCAAGCCAAGGCAAUAAUACUAAUUGAUUAACUAGAGCAUCUCUAUUUUGGAAACCCAUUACCAAGUCUGAGAACAAGUUUUCUGAAUUUGAAGUGCCAAAAUAAAUGAGUCAAUUGGACCCUUCAGUUCUGGGUCCAUUGAUCUGUGAGUUUUAGGGCUGGAAUUAUAACAAUGUUUACAAAGUAAUCCCUUUAUUCUACCUAUGUGUUAACUAGAUACAGAGAUAAUAUUUAUUCAAGACAUAUGUAUACACAUACCCAGCAGGUGUGGCCCAGUGGUUGUGCUUCGACCAAUGAGCUAGGAGGUCCUGGUUCUAUUCCCAAGAUUGGGGCAUAUGCUCAGGCUGUGGGCUCGAUUCCCGGGUCCCAGUGUGGGGCAUGCAAGAGGCAGCUGAUCAAUGAUUAUUUCUCAUCAUUGAUGUUUCUAUCUCUCUCUCUCCCUCUCCCUUCA